AUGGAGGGCCUCCUGUCCGUGGCGGCGGCGGUGCUGAGCCUCUGGUUCGCGCUGGCCUUCCUGACCAUCGUGCUGCCCUCCGUGUGCGGCCUGUCCUUGGGCAUCUCGGAGCUCUACAUCAACCUCUUGGUGAAGACCUUGGAGUGGGCCACACGGAGAAUUCAGAGAGAAAUAAGAGAGCAGCGGACAGAAGCAAUGAAAACUCCUAAUUCAAAUGUUAUCAUACAGAGAGAUCACACCACAAUGGAGGAGGCGAUCGUGGGCCUGCGCCGAGGGGACUUCGAACUCUCCGACGCUUUUUAUUACUGCAAAAAGGGCGUCGAGGUGAUUGUGGAAGACGAGGUCACCCAGCGGUUCACAUCGGAGGAGCUGGUGUCCUGGAACCUCCUCACUAGGACCAACGUCCACUUCCACUACAUCAGUUUACGGCUGACCGUGGUGUGGGUUAUUGGGGUCUUUGUGAGGUAUUGCCUCCUGCUCCCUCUUCGUGUCACCUUGGCAAGCAUUGGGAUCCUUUCCAUGAUUGGGGCUACCACCCUUGUGGGGAAGCUGCCAAAUAGUGAAACCAAGAGCUGGCUGAGUGACCUGGUCCACCUCACGUGUUCCCGGAUCCUUGUGAGAGCGCUGUCUGGCACCAUUUAUUACCAUAACAAGGAGAACAAACCCCAGAAAGGAGGCAUUUGUGUUGCCAACCACACGUCUCCGAUAGAUGUGAUCAUUCUGACGAACGACGGGUGUUAUACAAUGGUUGGCCAAGCUCAUGGCGGACUCAUGGGAGUCAUUCAAAGGGCCACGGUCAAGGCCUGCCCGCAUGUCUGGUUCGAACGCUCCGAAAUGAAGGAUCGCCACCUAGUGACCAAAAGACUGAGGGAACAUAUAGCAAAUAAGAACAAUCUGCCAAUUCUCAUUUUCCCAGAAGGCACGUGUAUAAACAACACUUCUGUAAUGAUGUUUAAAAAAGGAAGUUUUGAAAUUGGUGGAACCAUCUACCCAGUGGCCAUCAAGUACGACCCCCAGUUUGGUGACGCCUUCUGGAACAGCAGCAAAUAUGGAAUAGUGAGCUACCUCUUGCGAAUCAUGACUAGCUGGGCCAUCGUUUGCAAUGUGUGGUAUCUGCCACCCAUGACAAGAGAGGACGGAGAAGACGCUGUUCACUUUGCUAACAGGGUGAAGUCCGCCAUAGCUCUCCAAGGAGGACUCACCGAAUUAUCCUGGGACGGAGGCUUGAAAAGAGCCAAGGUGAAGGAGACCUUUAAGCAGGAAGAGCAGAAGAACUACAGCAAGAUGAUCAUCGGGAAUGGGUUGUCUACACGUGGAUCAGUAGUGGCGGACUGA